AUGGGAGCAAUUGAAAGUGCAGCCCGGGCAGCUUUCAAGGUUUUUGUUAACGGGAUCAAGAAAGUCAGACGUAAGGCUGGGAAGCUGGUAUUCAGCUCCAAAGAUGAAAGGAGGCCCUCCAUCAAUCCUAACAGAAAAGAAAGAGAGGCAGGUUUCUCUGUGGAGUCGAAGGUUCUGAACUCGGAGGAACUCCUCCCGGGUUACGAGGCUCCCAUGAGCGAGAGACCCUUCAAAGGCCCCGUAUUCAUUGAGAUGGGGCAGGAUCCAGCCUCAAUAAAUGCUAAGCCCAGGAAGAUAGGAAACGAUAUCUUGUUCCUGUACGACAUUGACGAUACUCUCUACCAUCCAUCAAACAACCUCCAAGAGAUGGAAAGAAAGUUCCUUGUGGAGAAAUUUCUCUCUCUCAAGGAAGGGUCUACCCCGGAGAUGUUUGAGGAGCAGCUAAACGUAGCGCUCCUUUAUUCAGCUCUCUUCUACAAGUAUGGGAACCUUUCUCUUGAAGAAUAUUGGGAGAUGAUCUCCGAGUUCGAUUACCUCCAGUAUCUUUCUCCAGACAUGGACCUGAGGAACUUUCUUCUUUCCAUGAAGAAUGUUAGGAAAUGCUGCUUCACAAACGGUCCUCGGGACAGAGCCGAAAACAUUCUCACGAAGAUAGGAAUCUUGGACUGCUUCGAGGUUGUCGUCUGUAUAGGAAAGUAUGACAAGACCUUUUGCUGCAAGCCACUGAGCGAGUCUUAUGAAUUCGUGACAAAAGUUCUUGGGAUAGAGUCUCCUGGGAACGUUUACUUCUUUGACGAUUCAGAGAACAAUAUCAUCAAGGCGAGGGAGAUAGGAUGGAAUGGAUGGCUAAUUACAAGAGACUGUAACAUUCUUGAUGUCUCAUCCCGUCUGUUCCAGGCAAUUUGCAAUGAUGCCUCUAGCCCUCAUUUCCAAGAGGUGCCACCAGACAUCUCCAGCAAGAUGGCUUUGAGUUGA